AAAGCAACGACGGAUAAUAAUUAGAGUAAACGUUUCUAUAGAAGUAUAUAGCAAUAUAAAAUGAAAUAAUGGCGUUUAAAGUAACUUUAAAAGGUAAAAAACUGUAUGUUUCAGAUGUAGAUUAAGAUUAGCAAUUGUUUAGUGUAAAAUUUGAAAUAUACUUUAAGAUAAAUAAUUUAAAAAAUGUCUGGAUUAUCAGGAAUCGGAAUGCUUUGGGCAUUUUCGUCUUUUAUGUCCUCGGCGUUAAUAUGUGUGGGAUACUUUUUGCCAUACUGGAUAUCUGGACAAAUGUAUUUUCAAUUCAGUGGAAAAUCGGAACAAACUGUUCCCGUCCAUUUUGGUAUUUUCCGACGCUGUAAUUAUCCAGCAAUAAAUAAAGACGGAGAGCUGACUAUGAUACUUGAAUGUGGGAAAUAUACCACUUUCUCGGACAUUCCGAGUACAUCAUGGAAAAUAGCUACUCUUGUAAUUGGGUUUGCGUGUGGUAUAUGUCUUCUUGUGUCAUUAACGGCAAUGUGUGGCCUUUGUAUUAAUGGUGUUAUAGUUCCGACGGUAGCGCGGUCGGCGGGAAUUCUUCAGAUAUGUUCAGGUCUACUCAUGGCUGCAGGAGUUGGUAUAUAUCCAAAUGGUUGGAAAAGCCCCGAAGUUCAACAAGCGUGUGGAAACACUUCAAAAUCGUACAGUCUUGGUGAUUGCUCUUUGUCUUGGUGUUUCUAUAUGACCUCUGUUGGAAUAGGAGUUACUUUAGUUUGUUCAGUUCUUGCUUUUCACGCGCCAAAACGUAAACACAUCAUUACCGGAUCAGCGCUAUAGACAUGCGUGUUUGAGAAAGAGAAACGAAGUGAUCUCAGUUUGAUAUUCUUAUAUGUUUUUUCACAUAGGAGAUGGCGAAGCAAGGUUAUGAAAUGACUGAUUUUGGAGGUGGAAAAAAGUGUUUCAUGACAUAUAGACAUGUGUAUCACAAAAUAAGUCAAUUUUAUGGACUGUUAAAAUUGAUGAAAAUAGACGCCAUAUAUUAUAGAUCUUAACAAGAUCUUUACAGAUCCUAUCAGAUUCCUACAUUAUGGGAUAUAGAUUUGAAUGGUGUUUGCACAGGAGCAUCAGACAUAUAAAAAGUUAUCCAAACCACACAAUUUGAAUUCACUAGUUUUAUGUAUAUGCUGACAUGAACCAAUAUAUCUUUGAUCAACGCAAUUGCCUUAAAUAAUGUUUAGAUUUAAGCUAGAUAUAUAGAUGCAAUUAUAACAUUUCUGGAAAUGUUUGAUCGAUUUUUUUACAACUUUUAGCUUCAAUGCCUGGUAUAAAACAUACUAUGUAUGGUAUAUCACCUGGGCAUAUCUCUGAGUCUUAAUACGAACACAUGGUAGUGCCUGCCGCCUUCCGUAUAUAUCUGUUUUUUUUAUUUAAAGAUGUGAUCAUCCUACCUUCAAUGCAAUGGGAGUCUGAAGCCCCCUAGAAAUCCACAAUCGUGUGGAAAGUCAACAAUGAAGGCUGUUUGAAUAGUUUUGAAUCAUAAGCACAUAGAAAACUUAAACCUUUGUACAAUGAAAGUUGUACGUUUGAGCCAAAUAUCAUUGUACAUUUUAAGAAACGAGCAGUCAAAAUAUCCAACCUUUUUCAUGAAAUCGCAAUGUUGUAUUAAGAGACUCUUGAUUAGACGCUAUCAAACAAAAUCUUUUGGUUCCUUUUUACAUACCAAAUGUAGUUCUGAUUUACACAUAAAUUUCAGACGAUGUUCUUAUAUUAUAACGUAUAUGGUAACAUAUUGUCUAGAAAACUCGCAUUUGAAAAUAAAACAUGAAUUGUCUUAUCCCCCCAUCAAUCAUCAGCAGCAGUUUGUUUCUAUAUCGUCCAUUUUUGUCUAUUUCUAGAAUGCCUGUAUUUCAUCAAUUAGCAUUAACUUUUUUCUACAUCGUCCAUUUAUCUGAAAUCAAUACAGAGAGUAUGUUAAAAGUAUUGUUGUUGUUAGCAAUUAACAAACUGUAUUUUACGCUACCAUUGACUAUAUCACUAUCAGUGAAAGGAAUUUAUUAUGUAGAGAUACAGUGCCUGAAAUGUUAAUAAUUACCAAUGUGUACACUCUUUAUUACUAAAAUGUGAUAUGUGAUAAGGUCCAACCGAUUGUAGAAUAAGUGCUAUUAAGAAGGUUGAAAUUAAAUAUAUUUAUACCAUAAGAUCAAUUUUUUAUUGAAUAUGAAAACUAAUAAAUGUUUUUCAUUUCUAUAUGUGAUAUUUAUUUCAGGUAAAAUUGUGUGUUAAACAUAUUCAUUAUUGUAAGUUCACAUAAAAUAGAAAUAAACUUUUAUAUUACUUAUUGCCUGGAAAUACAUUUUAGGAACCUAAAAAAAACAUUAUUCUAAAAGCAACGAUCAUGGUUAUGAAUUACACAAUAUAAAUGAUACUUAGAAUGGGGAAAACGCUUCGAUAUAUAAGGUGUAGUGACGAAUAUGUUGCCUGUCAGGAAUUGGAGUCCAGGAUAAAGUGACAAUAAUU